AUGACUAAAUACGCCAAAGAAAAUUACGGAGAAGCCGAAGAAGCCAUACCCUUGGAUGCUCUAGCUGACGAGAAGUUGGUCCUGAAGAAGGAUGCCGAAGAACUUGGUGACCUUCAAACAGGUAAGAUCUGGACAUACUGUAAGCCAUACAAGAUACGGUAGGA